AUGUCCACUCUCAGUGAUCAUGUGCAAAACAUUCCACCUGUGACAAGAUUUUUUACCAUAGUAUCUCUUGCGUUGUCCUUUGGCUUUUCUUUAGAUCUCUUUGACGCACAAUGGUACUUGUUGCAUACGCUUAUAGAAGGAUAUAGCCAUGAAUCGUGGCUCCAGUGGAUAACUGUCAGGCUAAUACAAACGGUUCCUGUUAUAUUUGCCAUGUUCUUUGUUCCACAAGGGCUCUUUAUGAGACAGGGCCCUGCGGUUAUCAUGAACAUUUACUUUUUCUAUAGUUACUCGAGCACAUUGGAACGAGGCAAGUUCAAGAGCAAUUUUGCCGACUACUUAUGGUUUGUUUGGGUUUGUGGGACACUAAUAGUGGUGACAAGCUUUGCCGUGGCGUAUUCCGGCUUUUAUAUGGGCCUUGAAAGUUUCAUGUGGCACGACGUUCUUUUAGACUGCAUUACUUUUGUUUACCUGCGUGAUAAUAAGGGCGGCAUCAUCAAUUUCUUGGGCUUGGUUCCUGUGAGAUGUUACUACUUGCCAUUCUUCAAGUUGGCCGUUUCAUGUCUUUCGGGCAAACCGGCAUUGAUCCAAACAUUGCAGGGCUUUCUCAUCGGCUACCUAUACCUAUGUUUCCAGUCUGACACGUUGCCCUUCUACAACCUCGUGCCAGGGUGCUAUGGAAAGUACAACCCCGCUGCGCUCGAAGGAAACAGGGUCGGCGCCAAUGUGCAAAUCGUCCAGAACGAAUUUCCUCCUGCUAUUUUCGACCUAGGAUACUGGAAGGCGCCUCAAUGGGUUUAUAAAUUGUUAAGGUAUCCAGAAACCGGAACAGUCAGGAAGACCGCUUUCAGCUUGUCUAAUGCCGUGAAACAACCUUCAAACAAUGCAAGCAAGGCGAAAACUACAGGAUAUUAUCUGCGUACGGGCCCAACUUUCAAAGGUAAGGGACAUCGUUUGGGCAGCUGA